AUGCUGAACGAGAUGCGACUGGGUCAAAUCACCCAAGACACAGUAGACACUUUCAAGAAGCUUGCAAGGCCACUCGAGUUCAACGAUGGCGUGGAGUCGGCCGAGCUCUUCCCUACGCGAGCACAGGUGGAUGGGUCCAACGAGAGAAGGUUGAGAGACUUGCCUGGAGCACCAACUCGAUAUGAUGCAAUAGACACAGGAGAUGUCAACAUCCGAGACAAGCUACUGGCAAACAUGAUGGCACCGAAAUCCAUCGAGCUCAAGAUGGAUUCCCAAGUCAUGCUUAUCAAGAACUUGGAUGGGUCCCUGGUGAAUGGGUCGCUUGGCAGAGUCAUCGCCUUCUCUGACGAGAGGACAUUUGACAUGACCAACAUGGACGACUACGAUCCGUUUAUGGACGACGCCAUGGCAAAGGCACGCAGGAAGCUGAAGGCCUUUAGCCGCGAACCUGACCCAGACGGGUCAGGCAUGAAGUACCCUGUUGUGCGCUUCAUUUCCACAGAUGGAGUGGCGCGAGUAAUCCUUUGCCAGCCCGAGGAGUGGAAGGUGGAGCUUCCCAACGGAGAGGUUCAAGCCAAGAGAGUCCAACUUCCCUUGAUUCUUGCGUGGGCGCUAUCCAUCCACAAGGCCCAAGGCCAGACUCUGGAGAGAGUAACGGUCAAUCUGGGACGGGUGUUUGAAAAAGGACAAGCUUAUGUCGCACUCAGCCGUGCCACCAGCCAGGAGGGGCUGCGAGUCUUGGGCUUUGACAAGAAUAAGGUCAUGGCCCAUCCGCGCGUCAUUACGUUCUAUCGGCAGCUCUACAGCGCCGAGGAAGCAGCGGCGAAGAGGCCAAACUCGAUUGCGGAUUUUAUCACAAAUCGGAAGGGCGUUGUAAAUACUCAGGUUCGAGAGGUUGUUGACCUGGACUCGGAAGAAGAGCGCGCAAUGGCAUAUUAG